CAAAUGCCAAAACAGGCUAAAUCCAAAAUUUAAAAAAGUUGAGAUAUUGAUGACAUUGAGUUCUGUAUUACCUAGGCUACAGAUUUGUCACUUCAAAAUGUUCCAAAACCAGUUAAAAACUGUUUAAAAUUAAUAUUUAAAAGUGAAGGUUGUUCCAAAAUCAGUUAUAUCCUAUAGCCAUUCGGUUCCAAAAACAGUCAUAUCUGCACAGAUGACAAUGUUCCAAAACCAGCUAUAUCAAACUACAAUAACUUACAAUGUUUCAUGUUUCUGUGUCAAAAUAAGUUAAAUCCCAAAAGACUUUUCCUAUAGGGAACUGCUGAUCAUUUUCCUUCUGAAUUAAUUGUUUAUUUUGUUGGCUAAUUUUAAAUUUCAAAGGCUAAAAUAGUGUUAUAAGAAGCAAUAGCACUCAAUUAUUUAACAUUAUUUUAAAAGCUCCUGAUUUGUUGUGUGUCAUAAACAUGGAGGCUGAACAUACAGGAGGUAUUUUAGAAGGUAGUGAAGGCGUUGGUAUUGAUAUUAUAAAUGCUGAAGUUGUAAUUGUUCAACAAGAAAAUGUCAAUAUAAUGGACAUAAAAGUGGAAACUCCACAAAAUGUGGAACAAGUAGAGUUGGUAGAAGAGAUGCCUGGCCCUUUGGCAAAGAAAAGGAAGAAAAACGAAAGAGCAUGGAAGAAAACUGUUGCAAAAGUUGCUAGACACCGCCCGAAGGGAUUUCCACAGAUGCCUAGUUGUAAACAUUCGGCCAAAAGUAAGUACCGCUGCGCAGAACUUUCCCUGCAGGAUGUUAGAAAGAUACAUCAGCAAUACUAUAAAGACGCUGACCUUCAAUCAAAGAAGAAUUUUAUUCUUCAGCACGUCAUUGUUUCCUCAGCAAAAAGGACUCGUCUUCCAGAAGGUAUCAAAUCAAAAAGAAAUGUAAGUACUGACUUUUUCUUACCUAAAAUGAGGAACAACAAAACUGAGAAUGUUAAAGUAUGUCGGGCAGCACUACUUACAAUUUUGCAAGAGAGUAAAAACCGAGUGCAAUUGAUUUGCAAAAAGUACCUGGAAACAGGCGUCGUACCUUUGGAGACUCGUGGAGGAGCACGCCAAGUUGAUAAAUAUAAUAUAAAGAAAGACAGCAUCAAAUCUUUUAUUAAAACAUUUAUUCCAGUACAAAAACACUAUUGCAGAGCGAAAAACAAGCAUAGGCAAUACCUUCCAAGUGAGCUUAACAUUACAAAAAUGUGGAAAAUGUAUAUUGAGCAGCAUCCAACUGAAGAAUUAAAGUGUGAGUAUGACUUUUUCAGGCUGGUUUUUUCUGAGAACUUUAACAUUGGUUUUGACGCUCCGUACACUGAUAAGUGUUCAACCUGCACAAGGCUUGAGUGUGAACUAGCCACAGAAAAAGAUGCAGGCAAGCGUGAAACACUAAAGCUAAACCUAAAAGCCCACAAAGUCCGUGCAGACAAAUUCUACAAACUUUUGCAAGAAAAUAAUGAUAAAGAGCUUAUUCUGAGCUAUGAUUGUCAGAAAAAUCUUGUCCUUCCUAAAAUACCGGAACAAGCCGCAUACUAUAAGCGCCAGCUAUAUCUAUAUAAUUUUGUGAUUUGUGAGGGACAUUCUAAAGUCCUCUUGAAUUCAGAAAACACCUUUUCUUACCUCUGGACUGAAAACCAGUAUGCAAAAGGGUCCAGUCAAAUUGCAUCUGCUGUUUACCACAGGUUAACAAGCGCUAACAUGGAAAAUGUCACCACAGUCAUACUUUUCUCUGACGGCUGUGGUGGCCAAAACAAGAACACAACUGUUGUCGGUAUGAUUGCUCAUUGGCUCCUGAAAGAUGCACCUAAACAUGUUUACUAA